CCACAGCAAAAGGUACAAAGAAGGGCUCCCGGUGGGCGGUGGCGGCGGAAAUGCCCGACCCGCUAAAUAUUUGCCUCGAGAAUCGGCCAUCUCGUCCCCUCCCGGAGAAGCCCAACUGCACCACUUCUUUCCCAAUCGAAGCCCCUUGAGAAACUCCUCUCUCAUAUGCUUCCACUCCUCCGCGCCUCUCCCUUUCCCAAACCCCUCCUCCGCCGCCCAAAUUGUCGUACCUUCUCCUACCAUCCUUCCUCUUCUCAGAAGAAAACGGUGGGUGGUAUCACAACCCCGGAUAGUAAUUUGAGAAGCCGACGCUCUCCUCGCGGCGGUGGACCGAGUAGCAAUAGAGUGACACCUCAACAGUGUCGAACUUCUCCAAGCAGGAUGACAGGCAGGAUGAGAAAUCCUGAAAGUGAUGCUGAGGGUCAUCCUUUUGAUAUCUGCAGGAAUGAAACAGUAGGGCCAGUAACAUCGAAGAAAUCUUUACUUGAACUUAAUCGAGAAAAAAGAAACGAAAUUGAACGCUCCCAGAAUCAUCCUCAGCAUGCAUAUUUGAGAUCUGGGAUGAUUCUACUGAAGAAUUAUAUCAGCCACCGUGAUCAGGUUAAAAUUGUUGAAAAAUGCCGAGAUCUUGGAAUUAAUUCCGGAGGGUUCUAUAGACCAGGUUAUAAAGAUGGUGCAAAGUUACGCUUGUACAUGAUGUGCUUGGGCAAGAACUGGGAUCCGGAGUCAAGGUUAUAUGAAGAUUAUCGCCAAAUAGAUGGUGCCAAAGCACCUGAAAUUCCAGAAUUCUUCAGAAAAUUAGUUGAUAGAGCAAUUCGAGCUUCUCAUGAUUUUCUGAGACAAGAUUAUAAAGAUGUUAAUAUUGAAGAUGAAGUUCCAAAUAUGUCACCAGACAUCUGCAUUGUCAACUUCUAUAACAACAGUGGAAAACUUGGUCUCCAUCAGGACAGAGAUGAGAGUAAAAAGAGCCUUCAUAAAGGGUUGCCUGUUAUUUCUUUUUCUUUGGGCGACUCUGCUGAAUUCUUAUAUGGGGUAGAAAGAGAUGCAGAUAAUGCUGAAAAAGUAGUGCUUGAAUCUGGAGAUGUCUUGAUGUUUGGUGGCAUUUCCAGGCUUAUAUAUCAUGGAGUUUCAUGUAUUCAUCCAAACACAGCACCAAAGAGGCUCAUUGAGGAGACAAAACUGCGGCCUGGACGUCUCAAUUUGACUUUCAGACAAUACUAGUAGAUCUAGUUCCUUUUUUCUUUUGACAGCGAGAACCAGAAGGAUUGAAUAUUUGGUUGGUGCAUCUGAUUUGGCAAAACAAUAACAUAAGAUGGGUCCCAUCUUGUCUUUUCCAUUGAAGCUCCUGCACUGCUUUCUUCCUUCGGUCUCCAUCAAUGUGAGUUGGUGCCACAACAAAUGGUCACCUGAUCAACUCCGUCAUCAUUUGUCCAUGUUGUUAUCAGAUAAGAUGCAGACAAUUUUGGUGGGUAAACAGAAGCUGGCGAUUUUCUAUCAUGACUGUGAUCUUGUUGCCGGCUUGACAUGAGGAUAACAAUUUUUGGGAUUUGUAAGAGGAAGAGAAGAGAUCAUGAGGCAUAACAUAUAGCAGUACAGGUAUAGAAGAAUUCUCAAUUUUCUUUUGGAAAGGCAAGACUUAAAAGUGAUUAGUUCUUAAGCUUGAGAACCUACAAAGAAUGAUCUCUCAGAAAGCAAAAAGAGAUAUAUUUAGGGUAUCAAUAUUACUUUUUGCCACUUGCUUCAUUUGUUAAAGCUCUAAGCUCUCUUCCUUCAAGAAGGCUAGCAACAUGAACCAUCAAAGUUACACCGGACUUUUAGAUUGUUUUUACUGUCCCGUCGAUGGCUACGUUCUCUUAGCUAGCCAAAACAAGGUCAACUGAGUCAUAUGAUGGGCAGUUCCACAGAGAGAAACAGCUACAACUAUGAUGUGGAUCCAACUACUGAGGAUGCAUUCUUCUAAAUUUUUUUACAGAUCCUAGUGGAACCAAAUGGGACCAGGACUAAGACAUGAGACCUGAGAGGUUCUUCUUUAGGAAAAGAAGGCAAUCAAUAAACUUCCAAGCAGGAGUAGGUCUGGGGAGAGGACAAAGAGUUGCUAAAAUUGUAUCAAUAAAGAUGACUGUGCUCUCCACUGAACCAGAAAAAAGGUUUUGGGUCCCGGUGGUUGGAGGGGAAUGAGUCGGUUCAAAAGCUCUUUAUCCAGAUUGGAAAGGCGUGGACGGUCUGCACAUCUGUCUCAUAAAGCAAGAGGAGCGGAUGUCUUUGUACAUUAUCUUGAUAUCUUCACAAGCCUAAGAACUUUUACUGAUGGCUCAGUGGUUUCAUCCCCGAAACGGCUAUGAUCUCAUAUAUGCCAUGUUGAGAUCUACAGGUUGAAUUCCUAACCAUGUGAAUGAAAUAGAGUUUGUAAUAUUGGAACUCGGGAGCUCCUUCUAUGGCUUAGAGAAGUAAAAUUCAUCGAUUUUUCUUUAAAAAGACACUUUUACAUGGUUUAUGCAUGUAAAUUCUAGGUUCUAAAGUAAACCUUCGGGAUUUGACUGCCAUAAAUAUGAAACAAUGAUGUUUGUGUGAA